AUGCUUGAAUUGGUCGUUGGAACUCAAACGAAAUACAGUGUGAUGUGUGUCCUAUAUGUUUUCCUUAUAGGACAUGUUUUUUGUGCCCUAUUCGUGGCAGCAGCCUCAACCACCGAAGAUGAUCUCUACCAGAACACCCCCUACAUCAGGGAACUGCUGCGACAGGCAAAGACUGCCGAGAUUGAGAGCUUUAUGGACCAAGAGGCCGAUCCGUGCACCGAUUUCUAUGCUUUUUCGUGUGGCAACUAUGCUCGCAUCAAUCCAGCUUCAGUCUUGGGUGUGCCCUCUACUGAAAUGUUCAGAACUCUCCAAAAGGGCCUUGAUCGCAAGAUUCUAAAGACGCUCCACCUGGUAGAUGAUACCCAAGACACUCCGGAAGAUAGACAGGUUAAACACUUCUUUGAAUCCUGCCUUCGGAUCAAUGAGCUCAGCUCAUCCUACACCGCAAAGAUGAAGGAACUUAUAGCCGAGUUUGGAACAAUGCCGAUGCUCGAGGGAUCCUCCUGGAAGGAGGAGGACUUCGACUGGCUGGAAACAUCCGCUAACAUUGCCCACCAAUACGGAAUAAGCUCACUCAUUAAUGUGAAAGUAAACAAAGACUUCGCCAAUAACCAAAGGAACCGCAUUUACAUAGAGACGCAAGGAUUUCCGCUUGGUACGCGUUCCAUGUACGUGGACAAUGUCACGGCAAUCUACCGUCAGAAUUAUCGUAUUAACAUCCAGCAUAACCUGCAGCGAUCAUUGGGCGUGGAAGUGAAGCUGGCCAAACAAACGGCUAGGGAGCUGCUCGACUUUGAGGUGGAUCUGGCCCAAGGAAUUUCCACUCCAGGCCAAGAUCCUCAUGAUUUCCCCAAACUACUAACUGUUGCUGAAAUGCAAAAGAAGUAUUCCCCCACCUUGGACAUCGAUCAAUUGAUAUUUAUAAGUUUGGGAGAGAGAGUCUCCGACCGAAUUUAUGAGCUCGACAAACGCUAUCUAGAAACUUUAUUCAAAGUUCUCAAGCGUACGCCCAAGCGCACCAUAGCCAACUAUAUAUUUUUUCGCCUUAUCUGGGAAUUCGUAGAGGCUCCCAUCGAGAAGCCAGAGAAGCAAGAAAAGGUCUGUUUAAAUCUCACCAAAAAAUUCUUCGUCAAGAACCUGGACAACAUGAUCUACCGCCGUUACAAGAACGAGAAAUCCUCCAAAGAAAUCGAGAAUACGUGGCGCCAAUUAAAGUCAACCUUUAUUGAAGUUCUGCGCUCCAGUUCAUCACUGGAUUGGAUCGAGAGGGGCACUCGUAAUCUGGCCAUCGCCAAGUUGGAGGCCAUGACUCUCGAGAUCAACCAUUAUGCCGAUUAUAACUUCACCGAAGAGUUUGCGAGUCUAAAUUUCCAAGGACUCGACCUCGUUGAGAAUGUGCGACAAAUUAGAAGUCUUGGUGCAAAACAAAUGCGAGAGAUGCUCCACAAGCCGGGUAAACCUUUCGACGCGGGCUCCCAGCUGAGUUACAGCCCCACAGCUAUCCUAUUAGAAAACUCAAUCAAGAUUCCGGUUGCCCUGCUGCAACCCUUCUACAUUUGGUCGGAUGCCUACCCCAAUGCGGUUAUGUUCGGCACCUUGGCAUCGCUAAUUGGCCAUGAGUUAAUCCAUGGGUUCGACGACAGCGGAAGAGAGUUUGAUGCCAAAGGAAACUCCAACGAUUGGUGGGACGAGAGGUCCAGUAGCAACUUCCUGACGCGCCGGGAAUGCUUUACGGAGCAGUAUGGAAGGUAUGUGUACGAUGGGAUCCAGCUGAAGGAGUCCACUUCGCAGUCGGAGAACAUAGCGGAUAAUGGAGGAAUGCGGCUGGCCUACACCGCCUACCGGAAGUGGUACGAGUCCCAAAUGGAGAAGGAUCUAGCCAAGGAGACCCUGCCCAACUUGAGGUAUUCCGCCAAGCAGCUGUUCUUCAUUAGCUUUGCUCAGAUCUGGUGCAACGAUGUAGAUCCAAAAAUGAAGGCCCUUCAAGUAUCCAUCGAUCAGCAUAUGCCGGGAAAGUUCCGAAUUAUUGGAUCUUUAUCGAACUUUGAUGAGUUUUCUAAAGAGUUCAACUGCCCAGCCGGAUCCGCCAUGAAUCCCAGCGAGAAGUGCAUAAUCUACUAG